UUUCUUACUCAUUUUCAAUAUCAGCAAAGAAUACAAAAACUAUCUCAAUGACAAAGUACUCUAUAUUUUUUUUCUCUUGUUGAUAAGAAAAGAAUCCAAUUUUAAGGUCAACAUUAAUACUUACAUUACCUAUUUAACUACCAGUCAUUUUCUUUUUCUUCUCCUGCGCCGCCUCCUUCUUAGUUUUCUUUGCCUUAUGUUAUUAAUCGUAUUUUAAUCUUAUUCUUAUAUUGAAUCAUAAUAAUCGAUGAUUCACAUAGAACAAGUGUCCUCACUAAAUGAUUUUUACUAAAAAAAAGGAAAAAAGGUGAUGACCAAUACUCACGACAAAUGGAAAAAUAAUUUAUCGUAUAUUUUCUAGAUACAUAGUCAGUUCAAAACUUUCACAUUCCAUCAAAAUGUCUUCAUCAUUUCCUGCUUAUUGAAAUCGAAAUUCCAGUCGAUCGAAUACUAUCGAUGAUGAUGGUUCAAAAGAUCUUAAAAGUAAUAUACGUGAAAGUCGUUGGAUUCAACCUGAACAAUGGCAAUCACCUGAAGUUGAAGAAAAAUUUCAGAGAGGUACCAUUGAUUUUUCUGAAGUACUUGGUAUGCUUCAACAACUUGGUGUUAAAGUUCAAAAAUUUGAAUUAGAUAAAAUUCUUGAAAGACAUGAUAAAAAUAAAGAUGGUAAAUUAACUAAAGAUGAAUUUGAAGAUCUUUAUUUAAAAUUACGUGCUGGAAAAGAUCCAGGUAGUACAUGGAAUAGAAAUGUUAAAUCAACAGCUGGUGGUGUUGAUCGAUUUGUUACAAAAAAGGAUAUAUCCGAUGAUAUAGAUUCAAGUUCUUCUGCUGUCGAAAAAUAA